UUCUGGGUUCUGUUCUAUCCACAAGUUGGGUCCACCCCGCCCUUUUCCACUUCGCUUUUUUCCAUCAACACAUAUCUUUUUCUUCACCUCCACACCUCUUUCCUAAUCUCCAAUCGAAUCCAUUUCUCCGUUUUGCUCAGGGUUUGAUCGUGGAAGUUUGGGGGCGUGACUUCGGAGCUCGUCCAGGACUGAAAAUUUUACUAGUUUUUGACUUAGAAUAAAGUGGAGGAGGAGAUUGCGUGAAAGGUGGGGAUGAAGAGAGGGAAAGAUGAGGAGAAGAUGAUGGGGCCAAUGUUCCCAAGGCUCCAUGUGAAGGAUGCUAAUAAAGGAGGGCCGCGAGCGCCUCCCAGAAACAAGAUGGCACUGUAUGAGCAGUUCAGCAUUCCUUCUCAGAGACACAACCACUUGUCUCUUCCUCGUGUUCCCACUGCUACGGUUCCUUCCUCUACUCAGCGGGGUGUUAGCGAACGGGAUGUCUUUGCGUCUUAUAAGCUGCAAUCUGAGAGUCAAUACAGCCAAUAUUCUGAUAUAAGCACUCCAUCGAUGCAAGUUGAGCCAAGAAAGAAACUGGAUGAAGAUGACUUUAGAGUCCCUAUUUUUGUUCAGCCUGUUCCGAAUCAAGAAUAUGGUGUCCGCAGCAACGACCAGGACAGGGGAAAACUUGCCUCUAAGCCUUCUUGUUCCAAUGAAAUGUCAAAACUUCAAAAUUCACAAAUGGAGAGUAGUACAAUGCAAGAAGGUAAAUUGCAGAAGAAAGAGAAUUCAAAAAACUCCUCGACAGGAUUCGUCAAGGUUGUCUCGAAUACACCAGCCCUUGAAAAGGCUGAGGGCCGGAAAAAGCAAAAUGUCUUAUUCACAAACUAUGAACCGGGAGAUAAGCUUACUGGUAGCAUUGACAGAUUAGAAACCAGUAACAGUCCGGCACUAUGUUCCAAGGCACAAGCUGCGAAUGAAAGGCAUGAUGCUGUUGUUUCCAGAGAAAAUCUUACAACAUCAGACAAAAGAAGUUCUAUUUCAGUAGCGGCUGAUCAGUCUGAGGUUAGGAAUAUACACUGCGAGCGCAGUAACGAUACUGAAUCCAGUGAAAACAGGUCAUGUAAUGUGAAGAUGAGUGAUAGUGGUGUGACCGAAACCUCUGGCGAGGACUCCAGAUCUAGACAUGAUGUAACUCCUGAUGACGUGGUUCAAGUAAUCGGACAGAAACACUUUUGGAAAGCCAGAAGAACUAUUGCUAAUCAACAGAGAGUUCUCGCAAUUCAAGUAUUUGAGUUGCAUAGAUUGGUAAAGGUUCAGAGAUUACUCGCUGCAUCACCACAUCUUUUGCUCGAGGAUUCAACUUACUCAGGCAAAUCCACAAAGUCAUCUUCCAUGAAAAAAAUCCCAUUAAACCUCAACACAGAAGAGGUUUCUGAUGUCUCCAAGCAGAAAGGCGAAUCAGAUAACAAGCAAAGUCAAAAGAAGGAAAGCUCUGCUGAAAAUGCUAUUAGCCGAAAUCAUGUACCCUCCAUUCAAAACAGCACAUCGGCCAGAAACACUCCAGCACCGUUCACAAAUAGUGGGCCGUGGUGUUUCAAUCAACCGCAAGGGCAGCAGCAGUGGCUGAUCCCCUACAUGUCUCCCACGGAAGGUCUAAUAUAUAAACCAUACCCUGGAGGUUGCGGCCCCCCUGUGCCAAAUCCCAGCAUGGGUAAUUUCUAUUCUUUGCCCGGUGGAGUUCCUGCACUACCACAUCCACAAUAUCAACUUCCACCUCAUCCCGGCUACUUUCCUCAACAUGGCAUGCCAGUUAUGAAUGUGGCUCCAUUCUUUGGUUCAUCUGCGGAACAUAUGAAUCCCCAAUCUGACCCCGAUAGCCAGAAUGUGCCUACUAUGUGGACUCGCAAUGAACAGGCUCCCCCCGAAGAGGAUAUGGAAGUACAGGCUAGCACAUCAAGCAGCCCUGUUGAGAGAAUGCAAGAUAGUCAAGAAAGUGGCUUGAGGGAAGGAAGGCAUGUUCUUACACUAUUCCCUAUGUCUCCACCUCGAGAUCCUGCCACCAAGUCGGAGGCUCGGCCUCCCAAACCCAGGCAGGAGGCUGAGCAUCCUGCCCGAGUGAUAAGGGUUGUGCCUCACAAUGCUGUAUCAGCCAGCGAGUCUGCUGCUAGAAUCUUCCGAUCCAUACAGGAAGAAAGAAGACGGUAUAUCUCUAUGUAAGUUCUUGGUGAGGGAGGGUUUGAGUUUAUUUUCAACCAAAUACUACUGGCUGUGUCAUAGUUUUGUUGUCUUAAUAGGGUUGUAAGUUCUGUUGAUUUGAUGUUUUGUUCAAGGUUCAUUUGUUUCGAAGAAGAUUUCAUUGUAAUAAGGUUACACAGCGGUUGUGCCCGCCCCGAUGAAAUGAUACUCAUGGUACCAUCACAGCAGUCAGAGACACUUGAGUGUUAAAA